AGGGACGUGUGGGUGCGGCGUGGGCUCGGUUCGCCUGUCUGCAGCCACCUCCCUCCCUUGCUCUGGUCCUCUCGCUGUGCCAGGCUGAUAAGUUCGGGCUGAUCCCCCGCCUCUUUUCCCAAGCUUUUGAUUUCCUCCUACCAGCACCCCUUCACGACCCUGUCCCCACCUAUUCCGCCUGCGCCCCUCCCACCCACGCUCUCUGGCCACCCCAAGUAUGGGCUGCUUACUUGACCCCCCGCUCCCAGAGAGGCUUUCAGUUCGUUCCUGUCUCACCUUGCAUUCCCUAACCUUGAUCCAAGCCCUCGUUGUAAUAAAUGUGACUGAUUAGAGUUCCCCUCCCCUUUCCUUCUCAAGUCCAGGGACUUGCUACCUCUGGGUUGGACUGGCUGGGGUGUCACUGCUGCCUUUCUCCCCUUCAGACGGACCAUGGACGGCUCCUUCGUCCAGCACAGUGUGAGGGUUCUGCAGGAGCUCAACAAGCAGCGGGAGAGGGGCCAAUACUGCGAUGCCACCCUGGAUGUGGGGGGCCUGGUGUUCAAGGCUCACUGGAGUGUUUUGGCCUGCUGCAGCCACUUCUUCCAGAGUCUCUACGGGGAUGGCUCAGGGGGCAGUGUCGUCCUCCCUGCUGGCUUUGCAGAGAUCUUUGGCCUCCUGUUGGACUUUUUCUACACUGGUCACCUCGCCCUCACCUCAGGGAACCGGGAUCAGGUGCUUCUGGCAGCCAGGGAGCUGCGGGUGCCUGAGGCUGUAGAGCUGUGCCAGAGCUUCAAGCCCAAAACGUCAGUGGGACAGGCGCCAAGUGUCCGGAGUGGGCUGGGGAAACCUGCCCCCCAGGAUGUGAACAGCCACCUCAAGGAGCCCUCAGGCUUGGAGGAAGAGGAAGUUUCAAGAACUCUGGGUCAAGUCCCCAAGGAUCAGGAGCUCAGCAGCAGUCCUAGCCCCCAGAGGCCUCAGCUUGGUCUCCCUGCUCAGAGUGAGAGCCCCUCCUUCCUCCAUGGGAAACUCAGGCAGGCCCUGAAGCUUUGUCCCCCUGCGGACAAGGAGUCUGAGGAUUGCAAAGUGCCCUCCAGGCCCUUUGAGGCUGAAGGUGUCCAGCUGCAGGGCGGGAGUAAUGAGGUAUUGUGCUCAGGGUGCUGGAAAGGGGGAGGCAGGAGUGGAGAGAAGAGACUGACACUUUCCUGGGAUAAUCUGGACCCUAAGUGGGAAGUGGUGGUUCAAGUUGAGGAUGACGGGGAUGCCGAUUACGUUUCUGAGACUGAGACUGUGCCAGCCAGGAGGAAAGCGAACGUACUCAGAAAGCCCUGUGCUGCCGAGCCGGCCCUGAGCGCAGGUUCCCUGGCAGCCGAGCCUGCUGAGAACAGAAAAGGUACAGCGGUGCCGGUUGAAUGCCCCACAUGUCAUAAAAAGUUCCUCAGCAAAUAUUAUCUAAAAGUUCACAACAGCAGGAAACACACUGGGGAGAAACCCUUUGAGUGUCCCAAAUGUGGAAAAUGUUACUUUCGGAAGGAGAACCUCCUAGAGCAUGAAGCCCGGAACUGCAUGAACCGCUCGGAACAGGUCUUCACCUGCUCCGUGUGCCAGGAGACCUUCCGCCGGAGGAUGGAGCUGCGGGUGCACAUGGUAUCCCACACAGGGGAGAUGCCCUACAAGUGUUCCUCCUGCUCCCAGCAGUUCAUGCAGAAGAAGGACCUGCAGAGCCACAUGAUCAAGCUUCAUGGAGCCCCCAAGCCCCACGCCUGUCCCACCUGUGCCAAGUGCUUCUUGUCCCGAACGGAACUGCAGCUGCACGAGGCUUUCAAGCACCGUGGGGAGAAGCUGUUCGUGUGUGAGGAGUGUGGGCACCGGGCGUCAAGCCGGAACGGCCUGCAGAUGCACAUCAAGGCCAAGCACAGGAACGAGAGGCCGUACGUCUGUGAGUUCUGCAGCCACGCCUUCACCCAGAAGGCCAACCUCAACAUGCACCUGCGCACGCACACGGGCGAGAAGCCCUUCCAGUGCCACCUCUGUGGCAAGACCUUCCGCACCCAAGCCAGUCUGGACAAGCACAACCGCACCCACACCGGUGAGAGGCCCUUCAGCUGUGAGUUCUGUGAGCAGCGCUUCACGGAGAAGGGGCCCCUGCUGAGGCACGUGGCCAGCCGCCACCAGGAGGGCCGGCCCCACUUCUGCCAGAUCUGUGGGAAGACCUUCAAAGCAGUGGAGCAGCUGCGUGUGCACGUGAGAAGGCACAAGGGGGUUCGCAAGUUCGAGUGCACCGAAUGUGGCUACAAGUUCACCCGGCAGGCUCACCUGCGGAGGCACAUGGAGAUCCAUGACCGGGUGGAGAACUACAACCCACGGCAGCGCAAGCUCCGCAACCUGGUCAUCGAGGACGAGAAGGUGGUGGUGGUGGCGCUGCAGCCACCAGCUGAGCUGGAGGUGGGCUCAGCCGAGGUCAUCGUGGAGUCCCUGGCCCAGGGCAGCCUGGCUUCCCAGCUCCCUGGCCGGAGGCUGUGUGCAGAUCACAGCUUCGCGGGCACGAGCGCCAUGGAGCCCUCGCUCAUCAUCACGGCCACCGUCCCCGAGGACUGUGACACGUAGCCCCCCUGCCCACCAGUCUGCUUGGCCCCAGCCCCCAAUAAACCACAUGGCUUUGGACUCGA